AUGACCCUCUCUGCGAACAGUAGCCGCCGUUUCCACAGGUCAAAAGUCCUGGUUGAGAGGACUCUGAAGCAGAGCAAUGCUGGCAGAACAGACCAUCUGGAUGUUGCAAAGAGACUUGAUGGUCUCCAAGAAAAGUUCCAAGUCUUAGAUAACGAUGCUCUUUCUGAUGCCUUGUGUUCACGGCUAGAUGAGCUUAACCAGAAGAGGAGCCAUCGGGUCCCUGAAGUCUUAUCUUUACUUCUGGAACUGUCAGAUAGACCUGCAACGCUUUCCAAGGUUGCGGACUUGGAUUUGCUGAAACGACCCGCUUCUCCACUCCCUUUAACAUGGAGCGACGUUUAUGCAUCUGAUCCUCUUAAUGACGAGGAAGGUAUCUGGCAGGAUAUAGAUUCCGCUGCAGGUUCCUCCGACGAUGAUUUCUCGAGUAUAUCAAGUGUCAUCUCUAUCCCGCGAAUCAUCCCCUACCGCCCCAAAGCCCCUCUGGAUGAUUUCAAGCCCCCGGAUAGCAUCUUCUUAACGGUUGAAGAUGAGACCUUACUCUCGCGCAUCCAGGAUCUUGAGAUAUGGAGACAAAGGGUUGCAGACACCAGUCAACAAACUAGAGAUGACGACUUAUACCUUACUGAGUUUCAAGUAAUCAGAGAAACGAUCUUCAUGCUUCAGGGCAUUCCAACCACUCUGUUUUGGUAUUUGGACGGCUGUGUUGAAGUUGAUCGGAGGCUUAAAUUGCGUCACGCAUCCACCACAGCAUUUGAAAACUUGCUCCGGUCAUUUAGUGCCGUCGGAGCCCAACUGCACAUUAUUAGACAGUUUUCAAAACGUCCUCAGAGUCUUCAGUUUAUGCAAAUGUUUCAGCGCGAGGUGGAGGUUUGUUUGGCAGAAUUUGACAAGACUUUAUCCAACCUGGAGGUGGAAUACUCUAGAACAACGGAGUCCUGUACUCUGAGUUUAGUUCAACUCUACUCGCAUGUUCAUGAGAAAACCCACCUUUUGCGUGAACUCUCUGAUCUCAUCAACAGAAUGACAGAUCAGUCCCCAAAUGAAGGAUUCCAAUGCCUAGAUUUACUGUACGAUCUUGUUUGCUCGAAACAGGCAUGCGGGGAUGACGAAAGUUUUAUGCAUUUCACUAAGAUAUUCUUCAAAUGCUUCGAAACCUAUGCGAGACCCAUAAUAUUAUGGUUAGAAACUGGAAAGCUGGACAAAAGUAUAGGCUCAUUUUUCGUGUCCGACUCGGGACGACAACUGACAGAUUUGAGAUCUCUUUGGCACGAAUGGUUCGUACUAGAAGAGGUCCAUGGACAGUUGUACGCACCACAUUUUCUGCGUCCUGCGGCGAAAAAGAUUUUUACCACCGGCAAAAGCAGAAUAUUCCUCCGCCACCUCGGCAUGGAUUUGAACGUCCCAGAGUCCCCAAGAAACUUCAAUUUUAACCUUGAGGAUUUGAACUCAUUUAACAACUUCUCACCAUUGCUACCCUUUCAAGCACUCUUGGAAUGCUCCUUUGAUCGUCUCUUGGAGGCAAAUCAUAUCUUUGCUUCGAAAGCAUUACAAGAACAGCUCGACAAGAAUUGUGGAUUAUGGGUCUCUCUGGAAGCCCUCGAAUAUAUAUAUAUGGGGAAGGACAUGUCGCUCACUUCAAUAGUUGAUCAUGAAAUAUUCGAUUUGAUCGAUAAAGGAAUCCAGUCCUGGAAUGACAGAUUCUUCCUCACUGAGCUUGCUCAAGGAACGAUUGGCAGUCUACCCUCUGUCGAUCCUAGCCGCCUCAUAAUUAGAUCCAAACAGAUCAGCCUUCGAGAUUUCCAACACUAUUGCCGCUCUGUUCAUAUCCUGAAAGCCAUCUCCAUGGACUAUAUUCUUUCCUGGCCAGUGGCUAAUGUUAUCACCAAACAGUCCCUUGUAGCGUACAGACGUGUUUCGGCCUUCCUGAUGCAAAUACGUCGAGCAAAGUAUGUCGUGGAGCGACAGCGUCUCCGUAAUUCAUUACACCCCGAGACGGAAAGCGAGAAGAGAGAUGAUGUUCUCGGUUACAGCAUUCGACACCACCUCCUCUGGUUCGUAAACGUCCUCUACGCACAUCUCACACAGCUUGUGAUUUGCAGCUCGACAGCAAGUAUGAGGGAUUCGGUAUCAAAAGCAAGUGACGUGGACGGGAUGAUUGCCGCACAUCAAUCAUAUACCUCGUCUCUAGAAGCCCAAUGUUUGCUCUCUUCCAAUCUCGCACCUAUUCACCAGGCCAUUGUAUCUCUUCUUGACCUAUGUAUACAUUUUUCCGAUAUCCAAAUCUCGCGUCACGGCGACAACCAAUUCGAUCAGGGAAAUCAUAGAUCGCUCAAUUCGUCUACUGGGCGCCGAUAUAGGAACAGCGGGAACCACACCCGUCGUCGUUCCCGCUCUCGAAAGAAGGGAUCUAGCUCCGAUGAGGAUGAGGAUGAUGACACUGAUGACACUGAUGAUAGCAUGACGGGUGACGGGGGAAAUGUGACAAUUUCAUUCCUGGAAUCCCCAUACCGGAGUCGAUUAAUUGGCAUCCGGGAUAAAUUUGAACGGUUGUGUGCAUUCAUUACGGCAGGGCUGAGGGGUAUGGGGCGCGUGGAUGGACAACAGAGCUGGGAAAUUCUUGCGGACAAAUUGGAGUGGAGGAAGAGUAGAGGGGGUUUACAAUUCUGA